AUGUGCAGAGAUCGGGCGGGAGGGGGCUCAUCCGAGGGCGGAGAGAUGCUGGAUCGGAAGCGAAUCAACGAUGCGUUGGACAAGCACUUGGAGAAGUCUUCUCCUUCUGCAUCCAGAAACAAGGGUUCCGCCGUCGCCUUACCCUCCACCUCAGCUGCUGGGAAGCAUGUCGAUCCCCGGGAUAAUCGCUCUUCUUCCAACUUCACUUCCAACAAAAGCAAGCUGUCUGAAGAGGAAUCAGAAACAGACAGUGAAGAGUCUGAUGUUAGUGGUUCUGACGGGGAAGAUACAUCUUGGAUUUCAUGGUUUUGCAACUUAAGGGGAAAUGAGUUCUUUUGUGAAGUCGAUGAUGAUUAUAUCCAAGAUGAUUUUAAUCUCUGUGGGUUGAGCAGUCAAGUCCCAUACUACGAUUAUGCACUUGAUCUAAUUCUGGAUGUAGAAUCAUCUCAUGGUGACAUGUUCACCGAGGAACAGAAUGAACUAGUUGAAUCAGCCGCUGAAAUGCUAUAUGGACUUAUUCAUGUUAGAUACAUUUUGACAAGCAAGGGACUGGCUGCAAUGUUAGAGAAGUACAAAAACUAUGACUUCGGUAGAUGCCCAAGAGUUUACUGCUGUGGACAACCCUGCCUUCCUGUUGGACAAUCUGAUAUCCCGCGCUCGAGUACUGUGAAGAUUUACUGUCCUAAAUGUGAAGAUAUAUACUACCCCCGAUCCAAGUAUCAAGGCAACAUUGAUGGAGCAUACUUCGGGACCACAUUCCCUCAUCUAUUCUUGAUGACUUACGGCCACCUCAAGCCCCAGAAGCCGACACAGAGCUACACACCAAGAGUCUUUGGUUUCAAGAUGCACAAGCCUUGACCAAUGAAUUUACUAAACGUGCUGUGAAGCUGUCGAUUGUUCUUCCAGCCUAUGGCCACACAAACAUUAUAAAUCUGGUUGUAAGUUAUCCAGGUAAAAAUGCUUUAAUUAUGUGCAAAACAUGUGAUUUAAGGGAGAAAGCAUUUUUACCACAUCUAUGAAGCAACUCAUCUUCAGAUUCGGAAGCAUGUAAGCUUGUAUUUGUUUCCUUGUUGAGAAGUGACUUAACUGUUGCAAUACAUUUUAGCAUAGUCGUACAAUACUUAUCCUUAUAAAUUCCGUGCUAACUUUCUUGGUGUUAAUAGUAGGUAAAUUUAUAUAUAUAUAUAUAUUUCUUUUCCCCUGCUAAUCAUGAUCAUUGUGAUGAGAUUUAUGCAGGCAACAAUCUAUUCAUUUCUUUGUACUAUGAAAGCUGAAAAUUUUACUUCU